AUGUUGAAUAUUUUGUCUUACAUCGGUAUAAGCUUGCAGGCGGAAGUUUGCUUGUGGACAUUACUGGGGCUUUUGCGAACCAUCUUUGACGCCACGCUCUUUAAAGUGAACGCUAAUCUAAAACAGGAGGAACGUCCCACUCUAGUGCUCCCUUGGCUGUUGCUGGCUGCGGUAAGAAAAUUUUUGUGUGAGCUAACAAGCCUGGCCCUAGGGCUUGGUACUUGCGUGCUAUUGGGACCCGCAAGGCCCCCAUGCGUCAGAUUUCUUAUUACCAAGAUCAUCUCCAUCACACCAGCAUUCUAUAUGUGGUUAAUUGUUUUAAGAUAUGCGGAAAGACAAUCCAUAAUCAAGCCUCAUGUACCAACGCGUCUUAAAUUUGAUGAAACAGCCUACGUUGUUCCUUCUGACAAUAGCGUUGCAGAUAUAAAGAAUGAAGCGGAUGUUUUGCGACCUAUGUCGGUCACAUCCAACAGAACUAUGUCAGAUACUGGCACCUUUGAAGAGUGGAUAAACAACGAAUUGGUAAUACCGCGUGAUACAGAUCGCAUACUUGAACAGUUUGUAACGAUGUCACUAGGAAUAGUUGCAUAUUUGAAAAAGGAAGGGACAGAUUCUUCUAAAUUUUUUGAUUCUUUAUCAACGAAGGCAGAAAGAAACUUAAUGAAUUUAGAUUGCAAUGCUUUGUCAAGUGAAAACACAGAUCCACCUCCAUUAGUUGGAAGUAGUAAAGGAAAAUUAGCUUCUUAUUUAACAGAUUAUCCGCAAAUCUUUAUGAAAAAAGCUUCUGACAUUUUACAACGAAAAUCUGAGUCGAAUGAAUUUGAGGAUAAAGAAACUGAGAAUAAAAAUACUGAUAACAGAGAUAGCUUUUUCCAUUCAUACGAUGAAACUGUUUUAAGUCGUGAAAAAAGUUCUUUCAAUGAAAUUAACAACAUUAAAGGUAGCGGCGAAUCUAGUUAUGUUUCACAGAAUAAUUCAAACAUUUUACAAACGGAUUCAAGCGGGCAUAAAAACCAAGAAAAAAAUAACGAAAAGCUAGAAUUUAAUAUCACGAUGACACCAGAAUCAAACGUAAGCUUUCAGGACAUUAUCUAUGAAAUAAUAAGUCGAUUGUCAUCUAAUUCUGUGCCAAAGUCUGAGAAUAGAACUGAACCUAAUGUAGAGCUAAGGAAUACAUCUCAAAGUCAGUCUACUUCAAAAUCAUCAUCAAGUGCAAGUUUUAAAUGA